AUGCAGGAGAACUACGAGACUGUAACCUCGCUGGGGUUUCCAGCCUCCGAUUCUGACGCGGUUUCCGAGCUGGAGCGAGGGGAGGAGCUGUGGGUCCUGGAUCUCCAGGAAAGAGAGAUCCUGAGAGGUGGCGGGAUGGUGAGUGAGAACACGGAGCCGAUGUCUCAGCAGGAAGAGGCUGAGGGAGUGGAAGCACAUAGGGGAUUAUCGCAAAGAUCUAAAAGGAAUGCGUCCAUGUGUCGUGAGCAGGGAAAAGCCUGUGAGAGUCAGCUCAGGCCAGGGACGCAGCAGGGCAACCAGUCAGGGGAGAAAGCUGGUGAAUCUAUUAAUUGUGAGGGAAUGCACAAGGACCUCAAGGAAUCCACAGCCCAGCAGAGAACCCUCAUGGGAGAUAGAAACAACACAUUUACUGAGCGUGGGGAAAACUUCAGUAACUGCUCAGUCCUUAUUACCCAUGAGAGAAUCCUUGCGAAAGAGAGACUCUAUGAAUGUGGUGAGUGCGGGAAAACCUUCACUCGGAGCUCACACCUUAUUAGACAUCAGAGAAACCAUACGGGAGAGAAGCCCUAUGAGUGCUGUGAGUGUGGGAAAAGCUUCAGUCAGAGUUCAGACCUUAUCAGACACCAGCGAAGUCACGUGGGAGAGAGACCGUACGAAUGCUGUGACUGCGGGAAAAACUUUAUUUACCGUUCAGACCUUAUUAGACACCAGAGAAUCCACACUGGACUCCGACCCUACGAAUGCGGUGAGUGUGGGAAAAACUUCAGCGACCGCUCAGACCUUCUUACGCACCAGAGAAUCCACACAGGAGAGAGACCCUAUGAGUGCAGUGAGUGCGGGAAAACCUUCACUCGGCGUUCACACCUUGUUAGGCAUCAGAGAAGCCACACAGGGGAGAAACCCUAUGGAUGCUGUGAGUGCGGGAAAAGCUUUGCUGACAGCUCAGCCCUUAUUAAUCAUCAGAGAAUCCACACGGGAGAGAGACCCUAUGAAUGCAGUGAGUGCGGGAAAACCUUCAUUGACAGCUCAGCCUUUAGUAAACAUCAGAGGAUCCACAAAAAAGAGAGACCCUAUGAGUGCUGUGAGUGUGGGAAAAGCUUCAACGUGAGCUCAGCCCUGGUUAGACAUCAGAGGAUCCACACAGGAGAGAGACCCUAUAGAUGCUCCGAGUGUGGGAAAAGCUUCCAUCAGAGGUCACACCUCAUUUAUCAUCAGAGAAUCUGCAAGGGAGAUCAAUAACAUACAGAUCUUGUCUAUGCAUGAAAAAGGAUUUUUUUUUUCUGUAGGUCUUUUGCUACAUAGUGACCUGUAAGGGUAUUUACACCAUUUUCUUUGCUGUGUUCCCUCAGCUUACUCACGUGAAUUGCCAGCUUUUGCCUUUGCAAUUCACCCUUCUUUGGAGUCUCUCCCAUGGUCCUUAUUAUCAACUCCCUUGUCCUAUGAGUAUGUGUCCUUCCUACCAGAUAUUUCCAUCAGCCCCAUGUUGGGGAGAUAGGGGUUAUGACAGGUUCCCCUGGGUGCAACCUGGGGAACUGGGGUACUGGUGAGCCCUCUGUCUUACCAACCUGGGCUCCCUUUCACACUAUGAUGCUGUGACAAGCUGCAAACCUCUCCAGGUCUUGCACUUACACAGCCAUCCACAGGCUGGGACACACCCAACGGAGUUACAUGAAUGCACUUCUAGCCACUCAUGAACCAACAAUAGAGAAGCUUCAGCCAAUUUCUCUAGCUCCCCAGACUAGGACCCCAGGUCUGUACCGUCUUGCCCUGGUCAGAAGGCUGGCCAGUGUGAGUUUAUAACCCAGUCUGGCCCUCCCUCAAUGUGGAGAGGACAUAGAUUCAUAGACUCUAGGACUGGAAGGGACCUCGAGAGAUCAUCGA